UUGUUUUAGAAAUUGAUGAUCUCUAUGGGAGGAAAAGAGCACUGGUUUCUGCUUUCAAUAAAGAAAAGGAAGAAUACAAUGCUUUGCUUAAAGAUAUCAGAGAACAAGAAAGACAUAUAAAGAGAGAAGUUGAAGCUAUGAAGAGAAUUGAGCAGCGGCAUUUGCACAGGCAGCGGCACGGCAGUGAAAAUGCUGAAGAUCCAAGCAGAGACGCUGUACAUCAGACAAUGAUAGGUGUUUGUGAUUCUCUGAUCACUUACAUCAAUGGAUUGAAUGUGAAUACUAAAGCACAAGACAGCCACUCAAUCAAUGAGCACCCCCCUGACAUCAAAGGGGACGAAUCUAGCUUUACUGGGGGUUCGUUUUUAAAAAAGAAAAAGGAUGAUGAUUUGGAAGAGAUGUAUGCUGGAGCCACUAAGAGAAAUAGCAGAAGAGGAAGCAAAAAGGGAAGAAAAUCAACUCAAAGAGAGAAUACUCCUAAAAAGCUUGUAUUACAUCCAGCAGUACUGGAUAAAUUCCUUUCUGUUGCUAUAGUACCUCCAAGCACAGCAGCAGAAAUUCCCAAAGUGUUGGAACUAUUGAUUGAAAAGAAGACAAAUCUCAACAGCAUUGUUGACCUUCCUGAUCCAGUACCAAGGUCACCAAGCCCUACCUUGUCUUCAGGCUCAAGUCUGGAAAACUUYCCUUCCUUGCCAUCAUUCCAAGAAUCUGCUUCCUCAAUGAAUAGUAAAGCUAAAGAUAAACCUACAAAUAAGAAAGGUGAAGUGGAUGAAGGCAAUGAUGAAGUAAAUUUGAAUAAAGYUCAAGAAAAUAGUCAAGAUACUAAAGAUGAUACUGAGAGAAGUACAAGUGUUGUGAAGACUCAGCAAGAAACCAAUCACAAAGAAAAUGAUGYGGGCAUUGAAAGUGCUGAACAAGAAUCCACUUCUGAUGUACCUAAAGAAAAUAAUUAUACCAAAGAAGAGCAGAUAUCUAAUAUAUCAGAAAAUGCCAAACAGAAUGGCCCAAGUUGUAAAGAAAAUGACAGUUUAUGCAAUUCAAGUGAAGAUAAUAUUGACGGAAWUGAUUUGGAAAGUCCUAGAAGCAAUGAUGAUAGUCAAAAUCUUGACGCUAAAGAAAGUAAUAUCGAGGAACAUAUAGAGAACCAUACUAAUGAUAUUGAGGGAAAACUCAACUGUAAUGACGAAGAAAAGUGUGGUCUAAAAGAAGACACUCACAUAGUGAUAGGAGGAGACAAUUUGACAAACGCGUGUAAUUCCAAAGCCAAUUCAUCCAUAAAAUGCCCAUCUUGAUGGCGGGCAAAUUUUUUAAUCAAUUUUUAUGAAGUUUAUUGUGAAAAUGAUGAUGGAUGUCCU